AUGAGUCUUGGCCUCCUUAAGGUUGACAAAUUGUUGACAAAUUGUGAUGGGGCAGCUGUCUCUCUGAUCCACGACAGCCUUUUGUACGGCACGCCUUACACGCAGUCCGAAUUUCCACAAAUUCAGAUCCUCACCGCCGACAAUUCCCCUCUAGCACUUCGCGGCUCCGCAGUUGUACCAGUCUCCAUCAAAGAUAGAACUAUCCGACACCACUUCCUUGUUUCCUCGGAACUCAAAUGGAAUGUAAUUCUGGGUUCUCAAUCACUCAUCCUCCUUGAAGACGACACAGUUAUCACGGAGGUAAACUGUGUCGAAGUCUCCACAGCCCCACCCGCCGUCCCCUCUUCAAUCGAAGAAAUAAUCCCAGACAACAUUCCUAUGACCGAUCGUCGGGCCCUCUAA